CAGAAGCCAUCAGUUGUCGGGUGGUGCAUAGAGAGAAUUCACUAGUUGUCGAUAACAUGGCAACCCAAGGAGUGUGUCCGAACAUGUUCUCCGGUGGGAUACCCAUGGAGAACGUGUGCCCAACGACAAUAGCUUCGUUCGCCUUUAUGCUGAAUACAAUGAAUGAUAUAAUCAGCAGGAGUGAACCAAUUGCCGACUCCUGUGGUCGUGUAACUCCGAAAAAAAAAAACCGACCGAUUUAUGAUUUCAUCGUGGUUGGAAGUGGUGCUGGUGGUAGUGCAGUUGCAGCGAGAUUAAGUGAAGUACCAGAUUGGAAGGUAUUACUUCUCGAAGCUGGUCCCGAUGAGCCAAACGCAGCGGAAAUUCCAUCCAACUUUGGAAUUUAUAUCGGCAGUGAUAUUGAUUGGAAAUAUAAAACGUCUAAUGAGUGUCAUGCUUGUUUGGCGAACAAUGGCUCGUGUUAUUGGCCCCGUGGACGUAAUCUCGGUGGUACUACGGUGCAUCAUGGAAUGGCUUAUCAUCGGGGUAAUCCCAGGGAUUAUGAGAAUUGGGUUGAUAUGGGUAAUGAGGGGUGGGGAUUUGACGAUGUACUUCCGUUCUUCAUGAAAUCCGAAAAUAAUACGGAAACUGAUAGAGUGGGAACUAAAUUGCAUGGGGUGGGUGGACCUAUGACUGUCCAACGUUUCCCAUACCAACCAGAAUUCGCCAAAACCAUCUAUCAAGCCGCUAACGAGAUUGGUUAUGGAACCAUCGAGGAUCUUGUUGGUGAGAAAUAUUUGGGUUUCAACAUCGCCCAGACAAUGAGCAAAAACGGAGUGAGACAAAGCGCGGCAGCAGCCUUCCUCCGGCCGAUCAGAAAUCGUAAAAAUUUGGACAUUAUUGUCGAAGCAACUGCUACAAGACUAAUGACAUUGAAAAAUCGAGUGACUGGUGUGGAAUAUGUCAAGAAUGGAAAACGCCACAGAGUAUUGGCCAGACGUGAAGUUAUACUCUCUGCAGGAGUUGUCGGUUCUCCCCAGCUACUUCUCCUCUCCGGUAUUGGCCCAAAGGAGCAGCUGAAGGAACAUGGUAUCCCCGUGGUACUUGACUUGUCCGGAGUUGGAAAGAAUCUUCACAAUCAUGUGUCAUAUAGCAUUGAUUUUACGCUGCCGGAGGUCAAACAUAUCAGCUACACUCCGGAUAAUGUUGCCAUCUAUUUGUACAAUCAGACUGGGCCACUGUCAUCAUCUGGAUUAGCUCAAGUGACGGGGAUUUUAGCGUCUGAGUAUACCACUCCAGAUUAUCCUGAUCUACAAAUAUUUUUCUCGGGGUAUCAGGCGUCUUGUCGACAAACUGGCGAUGUUGACUUACUGUCGGUCGGAGAUCAGAGGUCCGUCAGAUUUACGGCUGUGAAUAUACAUCCGGAGAGUCGAGGAACGAUUACUCUAGCCUCAGCAAACGGUCUAGACCACCCAAUAAUCUGGAGUAAUGAUCUCGGUGAGCCGAGAGACGUUGAUGUAUUAGUAGCAGGUCUCCACGUUCUCCUCAAAAUGGCCAAUUCCAAUGCAAUGAAGUCGGUGGGACUGGAGGUUGUCGAUUCGCCGGUACCACAGUGCAGUCAGUAUGAGUACCUGACAGAUGAAUACUUCAGAUGCGCUGUCCAUGUAAAUACAAGGACGGAGAAUCAUCAAACGGGUACGUGCAAGAUGGGACCAGCUUCAGAUCCUUUGGCUGUUGUUGAUACACAGCUCCGUGUACAUGGAAUUCGGGGACUGCGAGUUGCCGAUGCAUCGGCUCAGCCGAAGGUCAUUUCCGGUAAUCCGCACGCAUCUAUUACAAUGAUGGGCGAACGAGCUGCGGAUUUCAUCAAGAAGGAGUACUUGAAAUCAGCCAGUAAUUAGGAUAGCUGUUGAUAAAUUUAAUAAUGAAGAACGUGAUGAUUUUACAUUCCUCAAAUGAAUUCGAAUUUUGUUGACAUGUAACCAACGGUGCUAAAUAAAAUGUUCUUGCAAAUCCUUUAA